CCGAUCGCCACUUUCCGGCAGAGAGUGGUGAGAUUGUGGUGGGGAAACUUGAUACUAUUUUUACCAUGGUGUUACGGAGGAGUUGAAUCGGCUUGUCCUUUGCUAGGAGUAGGGAGCACCAUCUUUUGCCAUCAGAAAUCUGGAAGCAGUGCUGUUGAACAGUGUUCCGUGGACAAGCCGUUCUUUUUGAAUUAUCAAAACUACAGACUCUGUGCACUGACAGAACAGUAUUCAGAUUUAUGGGGAUUUUUACAUAGUAUUGAACUAAUCAAUGAAAAUGGAUUCAAGUACUUUGUACAAAGUUUUCCUAUUGAUAUCUUUGAUAAAAGGAUCUCACUCCCAGAGGCAGCCUAGGUGUGAAACAGGCAGCUGUUACCCUGCAACGGGUGACCUCCUCAUAGGACGCGAGGCUAACCUGACCGCCUCCUCUACCUGUGGUCUGCGGCGGCCAGAGAACUACUGUAUUGUCAGUCACUUGGAGGAGGACACAAAGUGUUUCACAUGUGACUCCCGCCAGCCUUGGUCAGAGUACCACAGAAACAGCCAUCGAAUAGGUAACAUUGUGUCGUCAUUCCGCGACAGGAAGCUGCGGUGGUGGCAGGCAGAAAAUGGCAAACAGCAGGUUUACAUUCAAUUGGAUUUAGAGGCAGAAUUUCAUUUCACUCAUCUUAUCAUGACUUUUAAGACCUUCAGACCAAAAGCUCUGUUGAUUGAGCGUUCAUAUGACUUUGGCAAAACGUGGAAGGUUUACCGAUAUUUUGCCCAGCGAUGUGACGAAUCGUGGCCUGGAGUGAAGAGAUGGCCACCCAGAGAUUUGUCAGAAGUGAUCUGUGAUGAUAGAUAUUCUGAUGAAGUACCAUCUACCGAGGGGGAGGUGAUAUUCCGUGUCCUUCCUCCGUUUAUCCGGAUAGAGAAUCCAUAUGAUGAAAAGGUUCAAGACUUACUGAAGCUGACUAAUCUUAGAGUGAACUUGACAGAACUCCAUGGAUUGGGUGACACCUUACUGGACAGUAGACAGGAAAUUAAGGACAAAUACUACUACUCUAUGUACGACAUGACGGUCAGGGGAAGCUGUAGCUGUUACGGCCAUGCCUCCAGAUGUGAACCGGUAGCUGGCUACAACAUCAGGCCAGACAUGGUUCAUGGCCAGUGUGUCUGUACACACAACACAAAGGGACGUAACUGUGAACAGUGUCAAGACUUUUAUAAUGAUCUCCCGUGGAGACCUGCCAGAAGAAACUUUCCUAAUGCUUGUAAAAAAUGUAAUUGUAAUGGACACUCAGACAAGUGUAAGUUUGACCCCGCUGUGUAUGAGUACAAUGGAGGGAUCAGUGGAGGGGUGUGUCUGGACUGUCAACAUAACACCAUGGGCAGGAACUGUCAGCAAUGUAGGGACAUGUUCUACCAGGACCCCUUCCAAGACAUCCGCAGCUCUACCAUCUGUAAACCCUGUGACUGUGACCCCUCGGGAUCUAUGUUUGGGGGGCGGUGUGAUGAUCACUCUGACGAGGCUAAUGGACUGGUGGCGGGGAGGUGUCAUUGUAGGGAGCAUGUGGAGGGCAAGCGCUGUGAUACCUGUAAAGACGGCUUCUAUAAUCUUAAUGAGGCCAAUCCACAGGGAUGUCAGGCAUGUGACUGCAGUAUGAUUGGUACUGUAACUAACUCCUCCUGUGACAAGGACAGUGGAAUGUGUUUGUGUAAACGUUAUGUUACAGGAGAUAGAUGUGAUACCUGCCAUCUUGGAUUUUAUGGAUUGAGUGAUAUUGACACUGGCUGUACCCCCUGUGACUGUGAUGUGGGCGGGUCUAUCAGUGAAGAAUGUGAUCAGGUGACUGGAGUCUGUACCUGUAAACCUAACAUCAUUGGUCAGCAGUGUGACCAGCCCCGCCCUGGAUAUUACUACGCUAUGUUGGAUUAUCUCCGAUAUGAAGCUGAGUUAGCUAAAGGAUUUGGACAAGUGCGUCAGUACAUCCAAGAGCCAUACCUGGAUGGCUACCAGCCCUGGACAGGUCCGGGGUACAUGUUGGUGAGGGAGGGGGACAGUCUGGAGUUUAAUGUCAGCAACAUAGAGUUCCCAACUAAUUAUGACAUAGUCAUCCGCUAUGAUCUAAGGAUGCCAGAUGUGUGGGAUGAAGUAUUGGUAACCAUCCGUCGUGACAAAAUCCCAGAGGAGAAUGGACCCUGUGCCAAUCACGUUCCUAGAGAUGACGAAAAAAGCACCACACUUAACCCAGGAGCACGUUAUAUAGAGGUUGUCCCAUCAGCCUGUCUGGAGCCAAAUACAAACUACACCAUCCGUCUGGACUUCCGUCGUUACAAGUCUGGAUUAUCUACUCCAGAGGCUACAGCCCUUAUUGACUCAAUUGUGCUGGUUCCAGCCACAGACAGCAUUCCUAUUUUCCAAGUGUUUGGGUAUUUGAAUUUCAUGAAGAACCAGUUUAUCCGUUACCAGUGUCGUGAGAAGCAGCUGUCGCCAUACCGACCUAAUUACUCCGACUUCUGUAAAAAGCUGACAUUCAGCAUUUCCACAAGCAUGCUGCAUCGUGCUCUGCCCUGCGAGUGUGAUCCCACUGGAUCAUUGAAUUCCGAGUGUGAGCCAGCUGGUGGACAGUGUCUCUGUAAACCAAAUGUUGUCGGCAGGAAGUGUGACCGCUGCGCUCCAGGAACCUACAACUUUGGACCUGCUGGGUGUUCUUCCUGUAAUUGCCAUGAGUACGGAUCCCGUGACAAUCUGUGUGAUGCCCAGACAGGACAGUGUCUUUGUAUUUACAAUGUGGGAUCUCGAGACUGUAGUCAGUGUGAGCCAGGCUACUGGGGAUUUCCUCAGUGUAGACAAUGUGACUGUAACGGAAACGCGGAAAUAUGUGAUGAUCUGACAGGAAAAUGUAUCGGAUGUCAGAACUUCACGGCUGGAGAACAUUGUGAACGAUGUGAUGCUGGGUAUUAUGGUGAUCCCAGAAGUUAUAUCAGGAAGCCAUGUCGCCCCUGUAUGUGCCCUGGGGGUCCCACCAGUCAGACUCAGCAUGCCGAUUCCUGUGAGGAGGACCCCAGACGAGGGAUCAUUGUCUGUAACUGUCUACCAGGAUACCAAGGUCCUAACUGUGACACAUGCAGUGAGAACUACUUUGGAAAUCCUCUGAUAGCCAACAGUACAUGUGAGCCAUGUGUAUGCAAUAACAAUAUAGACCCGAAUGUGGACGGCAGUUGUGACACCUCGUCAGGGGAGUGUCUGAAGUGUCUGUUUAACACCGAGGGUUUUAACUGUGAGAAGUGUAAGCCGGGAUACUACGGGGAUGCCACCACUCAGAGCUGUGUGGAGUGUGUGUGUGACCAGUAUGGCACAGAUGGAUCUGCUGGACCCUGUAACAGAGAGACAGGUCAGUGUCCAUGUCUGCCCAAUGUGACUGGACUGAGGUGUGAUGCCUGUCUGCCUGGGUACUGGAACAUUACUAGUGGGGAGGGGUGCUCAGCCUGUGGGUGUGACCCUGAGGGCUCAUUAGGAAUCACCUGUAACCAGUUUGAUGGCCAUUGUUCCUGUCAAACGGGAAGGGGAGGUAGAGACUGCAGUCAGUGUGAGGAUCUCUUCUGGGGUGACCCUAAAGUCCAGUGUACAGCCUGUGAUUGUAAUGGUCAGGGUUCUGCUGACAUGCAGUGUGACCGUCGUACGGGUCAGUGUGUCUGUUUGACUGGGAUCAGUGGCUACAAGUGUGACCGCUGUGACAGAGGAACCACUGGAGAACUCCCUAACUGUAAACCCUGUGGGGAGUGCUUUGACAACUGGGACAGAGUCAUCAGAGAUCUCAGAGACCAGACCCAGUAUUUGGUCAAUGAAGCCCUGAAAAUCAAAGCCACUGGAGUAGAGAAAGCCUUUGAGAAAGAGUUUAAGGAGAUGGAGAACAAUAUUCAAGAAAUCAGGGACAUCAUCCGUAAUGCUAAUGUGUCAUCCAGUGACAUCAAGGACAUCGAAAUGAAUCUCAAGCAGCUCAGGGAUUCAUUGAAUAUCAGCUAUACUGACCUUGAGCGAACAGAGGUUGAGAUAAACACGAGAUCUGACAGUAUCAGACAGAGUAACAAUGAUAUCAGGGCACUACAGCUGGGAGUGGAUAAACUGAAAGUGAAAAUAGAUAAUCUCAAGAAGAAUGCCACCAAUGUACAGGCCCAGGAUGUAGAAGGUGCCUACAACUUAACGAAGAAGGCACAGGAAGUGUCCCUGGCUGCUCAAAGGAAAGUGAAUGCUACAGACGGAAUUCUGGACCAGUCAGAGAAAAUCCGACUGGAAGUUGAGAACAUGAUUAAUAAUCAGCAUGCCGAGUUUGAAAGAAAAGUGAAGGAUAACGAGGAAAAUCUCAAUGAAAUCAACAAUCAGAUCUCAGGCCUGGGAAAUAAAAUAGCUGACAUCAAUGAAAUGGUAUGUGACAAGCGUGGAGAGCCAUGCCACCCUGUGUGUGGAGGAGGUGGAUGUGGAGUUUGUGGUGGAGAACAGAGCUGUGAGAAUGGAGCAGUGAAGAAAGCGGAGAAUGCUCUGGACCUCGCUCGUAAAGCCGAGGAGCUGCUGACCAUUAAAGAGAGGAAUGCCACAGAUCUCCUACAGAAGCUGCAGAACUCCCAGAGAGGAGCAGAGAUGGGGAGAGACGAAGCCCAGAUGGCUUACAACGAAGCUCUCAAAGUGAAAAACGAGACCGAGUUUGCUCGCAUUGCUCUUCAGGAUCUGUUUGUCAGGAUAUCUGGAUUCCUCUCGGCAGAUGGAGCCACUCCAGAUGAUAUCAAACAGAUUGCAGAGGAAGUGCUGGCAAUGAGCAUUUCUUUGACCCCUCAGCAGAUUAUGGAUUUGGCUCAGCAGAUUAAUGUAACCAUACAGGGACUCCAGAAUAUUGAUGAUAUUCUAGCUGAGACCAGCAGUGACUUAGCCAGGGCCAAAGGACUGAAGGACAGAGCAGAAACGGCUGAGGCUGAUGCUAAGUCCAUUUUGGAGAAGGCAGAGGAUGUACAGGCGAAUCUGAAGGGGGCCACAUCUGCCCAAGAGGCAGCUCAGGCAGCCAUCAGCCAGGCAGACAUUGACAUACUGGACGCUGAGCAGUACCUCACACAGAUUGAGUCAGAGACAGCAGCAGCCACAGACAAGUCUAACCAAUCUCUAACAUUACUGGGAGCUCUGAGAGGGAGACUGAGGGAUCUACAGGGAAAGUAUAUAGAGAAUGAGCAGAAGGUGGCCAACGCUGAGAGGGCAGCACAGGAGGCCGAGAGGCUCGCACAGAAAACAGAGGAGGCUGCCAACAAAUUGCAGACAAAGUAUAAUGACACUGCUCAAACUCUGAACUCAAGAUACAAUCUCACAACUCAAGCUCAGUCUCGAGCUGAGAUUCUCAAGAAAAGGGCUGAUAAACUUGCCUUAGAUACAACUGCCAAAUUAAAGAAUUUAGCUGAAAUGCAGCAGAACUUUGAUACGAAUGAGAAGAGACUAAACAAACUUUCCACAGAUAUUGAUGAACUAAAUCGACGAAUGGCUGAGUAUCUACAAGCCAUUAAUGAUAAAGCUACAGAGUAUUACAACUGUAAGACCUAAGGUUGAUAUAGAUUUAUCACUGUGAGUUAUAACAGAUAGAGCUGUAGAGAAGUCUGUGGAUUGUAGAUAGGGAUCAAAUUUUGUUAUCUUCAGUGGAGGAGUAUCGGUAUUACAUUGAUAUAGAUGUGGUCAGCAUUAUUAUAAGAUAUAUAUAUAAUCUGUGAUACCAGCCUUGAUGUAUCAAUCUGUCAAUCCAAACAUAAAAAAGAAAAUGUAGUGAUGGUGUCUGAGCCAGCUGUGAGUGUGUUUAACUAUGUUUGUAUCAGGAAUCAUGGGACAUUUUCCACAUAAUAACGUAAUAAUUUUACUCUGCAUUACUACUUUAAAGGGAAUACCGACUUUUGAGGUUCAGAUUUAUGUUAUAAUCAAUACCAGACUAAUAUACCGUAGACCCAGUGAGAUGGAGGCAAUGUUGUGUUUUUAUAGUGUAUACUAUAGCUUUUAUUUACAGUUUUCUAUGGAUAUUUAUUACAUGUCAAAAUGGUAUGUACAAGUGUUUUAAUUUUCAUACCUGCAUAAGGUUGCCAAGGUAUAUUAUAUUAGCAGGGAUGUAUUAGGCACAAGAACUUGUUUGUUUCAGUCUUGUGAAGAUUUUGUAUUAAUUAGAUUAGGUAAGCAGUCAUGUCCCAUUCUGUUGUAAAGUGCAUGACUGUAUGUACUUUGUCCAAUAUGUAUAUUCACAUAUUUUAUUGUAAUAUAUCUAAUAGUCGCAUGUGUUCUAGACUUUUUAUGUCUCUCAUUUUAUAGCAUGGUUUAUACAUAAUGCUCAUAUGUUAUAACUGUGAUGUUAAUGCCUGCUGAAGAUCAAGUAUUUACAAUUAUGUGUGUCAGUUUUCUUUAUUCAAGAUGAACAUAAUCUUAAGACAAAUAUAACAUAAUCUUUAUUUUUCAUUGUGUGUUACUAAAAACUUUGUCCUUCACUUAUUAAAAAAAUAUGCUACUCUCAGAGGUAGCAGAAAGAAUUGAGAACUUUGCAGCAGAACAAAGAUAAAAGCUUUAAAAUAGGGCAUAAUACAGCUACAUUUUUGUAGUACAUUUAAGUGUAUUGGUACCUUUCUAUUGAUCUGACAUAAUAUACAGUGAUUAUCGUGUGCUUUAUAAAACAAGUUUUAGGUCAGAUGGAAUAGAAAUCUCUUGAUUCAUUUUUAAUUUUCAUCUGUUCAAUUAAUAUGGAAGUUAACAGCAAUAAUUAGAUAAAUGCUUUUUAUUAUUUUUUGAUAUUGUUUCACUAGCUUCACAUUUUCACCUCUUUAUUCAUUAUUCAACUUGUCAAAUGUAUGUAUAUUCGCCAUGUACACAAGUUUUGAAUGUUCGUAUUUCAUAUGGUGCUAUUGUAUUUGGAUACAAACUGCAAAUCCUGAUAUUUUUACUAUCCUCUGUAUAUUGUUAGGGGUCACUGAAUUACAAGAUGGUUGAAGUUUUUUUCAUCAGGUUGUUGAAAAUAGCAAGGUCAGGGAAUAGAAAUUAUACAUUAGUUGCUGAAUACAAAUUCAUACAGUCAUACAAACUAUAUAGUAAUUGUAAUGACGAAAUGAUUUGUAAAUUGGUAAAGCUGGUUUGUCAAAGAAAACCAAACUUAAACAGCAAAGAUAAUUAAUUUUUAUAAGCCUACCUCUUUGUGAGCACUAUUUUUUUUCUAUAUGGUUGUAUUAACUGGAUAAACAACAGUUUAGGAGAACAAAUACAUGUAUGUGAAUGUGGUAAUCUUGCUUAACUAGUUAUAUUUAAAUAUUUAAAUGUUUGUAUUACUUCGUAGUUAGCAGUAAGUAUUGACAGUUCUAAAGAAGAUGCUACAAUUCCUUGUUGUAAACGAUGACCUAUUAUAACAAAAGAGAAACCUACCAUUAAAUUUAAUGUUCAACCAUUGUUUGAGAAAUGGUUAAUUAAAUGAUGGUACAUUUUUUAAAUGAUGAAUUGUAGGUACUUAAAGCUGAUUUUUUAUGAACUUGACUUAAAGUUGUGAGACUUUUAUCUUAAUUUGGAGGUAACCCUAAAACUUACACUGCACCUGCAUUUCUUCCUUAGAGAUUGGUUAUAUUUAGUAUGCAUCAUCUUCAAAUUCAGUUUGUUCAGUUAUUACCUCAAAAUAAAUUCACAUUUUAUAA